AUGGACCGCGGGACAACACCACCUCCAUCCAACGCUGGGCCGGUCGCAUCGCCACCGACGCCUGAAGUUACUAGACGAAUCGAAGAAAACCGAUUACGCGCCAAGGCUAUCCGAAACCAGCGUGAAGCUGAGCAACGUGCUGCUGGCGAGAUUCCGACAAUUCCCAAGUCUGCCGCCGGGUUCGUUCCCACCAAAGACGUCCAUGUCUCCAAGCCAGUAAAUGGCAAGCGCUCGUAUAGCGAAAUAUCUGCGCAGGCUCCGUCUGCGAGCGCGUCAGGCACCAAUCGCGAUGGCCGUAACAAGGGUGAUGAAGAGGCUUUGCGCCCAGCACGCAAAUUUACCAAGUUUGUCGAUUACAACAUGAGCUCAAUGACAGAUACCAAGGGUGGCUUCCUGACCACUGAAGAUGACCCUCAUAACUACGCCUUGGGGGCAAAAAAACCGGGCCAAGAAGACGAGCAGCGACCAAAGGGCAUGACCGUGCAGGAGUGGGAGCGUAUGCAACUUAUCCGGAAGCUUCAACGGCAAAAGGCGGGCCCAUUUGAGCCUGGAAUCAGUGUUCUCGACGAUGAAGAGAAGAGGAAAAAGUGUAGAGAUUGCAAGAGCCUGGAAAUCGAUUCUGUCUGGGAGGAGGUCUUUCAUGUUUGCGUCUGCAACAAGUGCAAGGAAAAGUACCCCGAGAAAUACUCGCUCCUGACAAAGACAGAGUGCAAGGAGGACUAUUUAUUGACGGAUCCUGAGCUGCGAGACCCGGAGCUCCUACCGCAUCUUUCGAAGCCAAACCCACACAAGUCUCACUGGCAUGACAUGAUGUUGUUCCUUAGAUUCCAGGUCGAGGAGUAUGCGGUAAACACGAAAUGGGGGUCUGCAGAAAAACUAGAUGCGGAAUAUGAGAGGCGAGAAGCUCAAAAGAAGGCGCGGAAAGAGGCCAAGUUCAAGGAGAAAUUGAUGGAUCUGAAACGCAAGACUCGAACAGAUGCUUUCCGGCGACAGGCUGGUACAUUGAGCAAGUCUGGCGCAAACAAAUUUGGAGAUUCCAUACGAGACACGAAGCACGUACAUCAGUGGGGCCGCACAGUAGAAAAUGAGGAGGGCUUGACGAUCAAGACAUGCGUUGAUUGCGGUAUGGAGGUUGAAGAACUGGAAUUGUAA